AUGUGUCCUGAAACAACUGUUGCAAUGAGAUGGCAUGCUAAUGAACGACCUAAUGAUGGAAAUUUAAGGCAUCCUGCUGAUGGGGAAGCAUGGAAAGAUUUUGAUCAUUUACAUCCAGACUUUUCUAUUGAUCCUCGUAAUGUCAGGCUGGAACUGAAGGAACUAUGGGAACCUGGUAUAGAAACAUAUGAUGCUGAAACCAACCAGACUUUCCAAAUGCGUGCAGCCCUAAUGUGGACAGUUAGUGAUUUUCCAGCACUAGCAAUGCUUUCAGGAUGGAGCACUAAGGGAAAAUUGGCAUGCCCUACUUGUAAUUAUGACACAUGCUCUCAAUAUCUUAAACAUAGUCAUAAGAUGUGUUAUUUGGGUCAUCGGAGAUUUUUACCUCCUGAUCAUCCAUUGCGAAAAGAUAAGAAGUCAUUUAAUGGCAAGGAGGAGCACAGACCUGCACCUACUCCUUUGUUGGGUGUAGAAUUGCUUGAAGAGUUGAAUGAAUUCAAUAAUGUCUUUGGAAAGGGUAAAAAAAAAAGAUCGCGAGAUAAUAAGGGUCCAUGGAAGAAAAGAUCUAUUUUCUUUGAAUUGCCAUAUUGGGCAUAUAACAAAUUAAAGCACAAUCUUGAUGUGAUGCACAUAGAGAAGAACAUAUGUGAUAGUUUGCUUGGGACUUUAUUAGAGAUAGAUGGAAAGUCAAAAGAUCAUGUAAAUUCUCGCUAUGACUUGCGAGAAAUGGGAAUACGAAAGGAACUACAACCAAUAGAAGAUGAUGAUGGAAAUGUAAGUUUGGCUCAGUCAUCAUUCUUCAUGAAGCCAGAACAAAAGAGGUUAUUUUGCAGUAUCUUCAAAAAUGCCAAAUUACCUAAAGGGUGUGCUUCAAAUAUAUCACACCGCGUGCAUGAAAAAGAGAUGAAAAUAUCAGGAUACAAGAGUCAUGAUGCUCAUUUUAUGAUGCAUUACUUGCUUCAGAUUGCCGUUAGAAAGACAUUGCCCAAGAAAGUUUCAUUGACAUUGAUAAGGUUGGGCAAUUUCUUUAGAGCCAUAUGUAGUAAGGUAAUAAGGCGAACGGAUCUUGAAAAUUUGAAGUCUGAAAUUGGUGAAAUAAUUUGUGAUCUUGAAAUGAUUUUUCAUCCAGCCUUUUUUGACAUAAUGCUACAUUUGCCUAUUCAUUUAGUGAAUGAAAUAAAGCUUGGGGGUCCGACUCAUCUUCGUUGGAUCUAUUCCAUUGAAAGAGAGCUAUAUAACUUUAAGGGGCUCAUGCAUAAUCGAAAAUGUCCAGAAGCAUCGAUAGUAGAGGGUGUUGUGGGUAGAGAUUGCUUGAAUCGUAGUUCGAGAUACCUACAUGAUGGAGUGAAGACAAGAUUCAGUAGGUACCAAACUGAGGAUGAGGAAUGCGAUCAGAAUUUUUCACCUAUAUUCCCUAAGAUUGGUCAUCCAAUUGGAAGGGAGAAGAGAAAAUAUUGCACUUUUUUUAUGGAUUCAGAGUUAUGCCAUGAAACAUCGAUAAGGGAACAUAAGAACAUAAUGAGUAAUCAUAGUAGAUUAAAUGCAUGGGCAAGAGAAAGGAAUCACAGUCGUGAAUUUAGCAAUUGGUUUGAAAAGAAAGUUAAAAAUGUUGAAGUACCUCGACAUUUAAUAUGGCUAGCUAAAGGGCCUAAUAUGGUGGCCAAGAGAUAUACUGCAUAUUUUAUCAAUGGAUAUCGAUUUCAUACAAAAAAGAGGGAUGCCCCACGUAUAACUCAAAACAGUGGAGUGACUUUAUCAGCAACAACAAAUAGUUUUUCUAGUUCUCGGGACCAAAAUCCCAUUGAUGGAAAUGUUGUUUAUUAUGGAGUUAUUCAAGAUAUCAUUGAUAUUGAUUAUUAUGGUUGUUUUAGUGUUGUAUUGUUUAGAUGUGAUUGGUGUCAGCAUAAAGUAGAUGAAUAUGGGUUAACUCGAGUAUACUUCAACAAGUUAUGCAGUAAAGAUGACCCUUUUGUGUUGGCAUCACAAGUUUAUCAAGUGUUUUAUGUCACGGAUCCAAUCGAGAAAGAUGUUUAUUAUGCAAGGAAUAAGGUUCCUAUUGAUUUAUAUGAUCUAGAGGAAGAGAAUUGUCCUAAUAUAAGCGACACAUUUUGGAGGGAGCCUAAUGAUGACAUUGAUUCCAUAGCUAGAUUAGAUGAGGGUGACUUUAGAUGGUCAAGAGAGGAUGUGGCCGUUGAUAUUGUUGAUUUUCCAUGUAAUGCACAACAUUCAGAAGAUACAAUUGUAGAAAUAUCAGAAGAGGAGGAGGAUGUUGAUGAAACAGAUUGGGAUUGGAUGGAGGAAGAUGAUUAG